AUGGCCGAUUCAACCAGAACGACGCCUAAAUUUACGAGAUGCAGGACAGGAUGUUUACGCUGUCGCACCCGACGUCGGAAAUGCGAUGAAGGCAAACCACGCUGCCAGAACUGCGUCGACAAGAACUUCGUCUGCAGCUAUGGGAUGCAAGUCACUUUCUUGUCGAAGAAUACGUACACGGUGCCUGCGAAGGAGGUGCGCGCGCCGAGGUCGAAGAGGAGGUUUCAGAAUCUGAGGUUCAUUGAAGAAGAUCCAUUGACUUUGAGUGGCACCGAUGCCAAUGUUGUGGAAGGGGAAGAGGAUGGGGAAGCCGGACUAAAGUCGUCCUCGCCCAUUAUCCGGCUAGUUGAUUCCGCUAAGGAUCGAGCUGAGGAUGAGGCGGGAGGCGAGGACCAUUCCGUCACGGGUGGAAAUGCCGGGUCUGAGAGCGCAGAGCUUGGAGAUCAUGAUGGUUCUAGCCAUGGCGGUCCAGAUGGUUCCCUGAACGGAGGGGCCUCGCUCGAUAGCCACGGGGCCUUCAGUGACCGCGACACCUCUGCCGUGCAGGGCCUUCUCGCGCUGGGGUCGGGCUUGAUCACCCAAGACCUUCAGCACGCGCUUGCCCCGGACAUCUCAUGCCUCGAGACACCAUCUGCUCCGAUCGCAGACGCUUUGCCUUUGAUGAUGAUCACUACGGCGGGGCCGGCAGAUGAUGGGAGGGCUCUGAGACGACAAUCGAAGUUCUCGGGGGGUGUGGUUGGGGCGUCGCCGUUGUCUACUACCACCAGUGAGGAGCGAACAUUGGACCUUCUGCGCCACUAUCGGUACUUUGUCGCUCCCUGGAUGGAUAUAUGCGACCUGAAACACCCCUUUGGGAUCGUAGCUACGCAAAUGGCAACACGCUCGGAGCAGAUCUUGUCGGCUUUGUUAACACUAUCGGAGGCUUGUAUGAUUCACCGCGAUUAUCCACAAGCACAUGCGGUCACCCUGGAUAAGGCCUUACCACAACGCCUACAGCUCGAAUCCGGUCUUGCUUCGGAUUUCAAGGAAUUGACACUUCUGUCAGUUCUGGAGAGGCUACGAUUCUUAGUGUCCGACCUUUCUCACGGUUGGAAAACCUUGCAGAACUACAACCUUGGCUCGUUGGAGCCUUUGAUAGAACAUGCGUUGCUUUUGGACAUUGAGUCAUCUGUUUAUUGGAUGUUUCUCAGACUAGACUUGAGUGUAGCGCUCGCGAACGAUACGGGUCUGCAGAUCCCACUUCCCUCCGGUCCCGUGCCAAAUCUGGAACUGCUCUCAAGGACCCACGACACGCAUGAAAGAGUCUCACUUUAUGCUCGUGUCCUUCUUUGGCUCUGUGGGAAGGCAUUGAUGGUAUGCCAUGAACAACCCAGCCCACGUCAUUUCCCAGAUUGCCAUCAACUUCUGGACAGCUGGCUUCAAGUGUCUGAUGAACUCGACCGAUGGUACAAGUCGCGGCCCCAGGAGUUUCGGCCGUUGGUAGAGCUGGAGGGUAUCAAUGACCUCUCCAACCCAGGGAGCGGAUUUCCUUUAGUAGUCUUUGCGAAUGGGGUGGGCGCAUACUGUAAUCAGCUGUACCACACCGCUGUGCUCUUGUUGCUUCAAUGCAAGCCACGUACUGCGCUUCUCAACUCACAGGCUCGAUUUCUAUCGCCUCUCUGGCAUUCUCAGCGUAUCUGUGGUAUUGCACUGAACAAUGACGGCCGCGAUUGUUGGGAUCCUUGUUUGGUCGCCUCCUUCCUCGUUUCCGCGCGGACUAUGACGCACGAAUCCCAGCAAAAGGCUAUCCUGCAGGGCUUCGAGCGCAUCCACUCCAUCACUGGUUGGCAUAUAGGUCGAUACUUGAGUCACCUUCAGCAGGAUUGGGCUUUUCUUGACGGUGUUUGA